CACAGCGCCUACUUCCUGGCGGGCUCUGCACGUGGAGUGUGCAAACAAACCAAAGCUCAUUCCUAAUUGUAACCUUUGUUUAACCUUCACUUUUCCCAAGACAGACACGUUUUUGCCACGUGAGAUUAUUAUAUAAUCCUCCGUGCCCCACCUUCAUAUUACAUAACCUGCAAUUACAGGAUGAGCGCCUGAGACCUUCAGUUCUGUGUCUCUCCUUUCUGCUGUCAGAGAUGGCGUCUGCUGAGCUGAUGAAGGAGCUGGAAUGUUCCAUCUGUCUGAACAUUUAUACGGAUCCCGUAAUCCUGGAAUGUGGACACAACUUCUGCCGGGAGUGUAUCGAUCGCGUGCUGGACACACAGGGGGAGUCUGGAAUUUACUCCUGUCCCGAAUGCGGAAAGAAAUUCCAGGAGCGUCCUGCACUGCACAGGAACAUAACACUAUGGAAGAUAUUGGAGGAUUUCCAGUCUACUCAGCCCGAUCAGAAGGAGCCCGGGGUCUUCUGUACUUACUGCAUUCACACUCCUGUAUCUGCUGUGAAAUCAUGUUCGCAUUGUGAAGCUUUUCUGUGUGAUAAUCAUCUGAGAGUUCACAGCAAGUCACCAGAACACGUUAUAACUGAUCCCGCCGCUUCUCCGGAGAACAGGAAAUGUUCCCUUCAUAAAAAAAGCCUGGAGUAUUACUGCAAGGAAGACUCUACCUGUGUCUGCGUCUAUUGUCUGAUCGGCGAGCACAAAAGUCACCAGAUGGAGUCACUGGACGAGGCCUUCGAAACGAAGAAGAAUUGGCUGGGAAACGUGGUUCAUAAACUGGCUACAAGGAGAGAGGAGGCCGAGAAAAACGUCCAGAGUCUGCAGGAACACCAGAGAAAAGUCAAGGAAAAGGCGGCUGGUGACACGGAGGUAAUCACCGCCCUGUUUAGAGACCUCAAGAGACGGCUGGAAGACCUGGAGAGGAGGAUCCUAAGUGACAUCUCCGAGAAGGCAGAAGGGGUCUUAGGCUCGGUGUGGGAUCUGAUUGAGAAGCUGGAAAUAAAGAAGGUCGAGUUGUCCAGGAAGAUGUGUUUCAUCGAGGAGCUGUGUAAAAUAAAGGAUCCGGUGGCUAUCCUACAGAGAUCCAACAUAGGCGACUUGUGUGAGGAUAAAGAUAACGAGGACCGAAAAAGACACGACACACAGCUCCGGGAUGGAGGGCUUCUGGACGUGGCUUGGAUUAACCACAUAUCCAACACUUUAUUGGAUGCAAUAAAAGGGAUCAAUGGAUGCUUCUAUGUACAGGAAGCCGCAGACAUAUUACUGGACGUGAACACAGCCCAUAAUAAUCUACUUAUAUCCGAUGAUAAGAAAACAGCAUCCCAGUCGAAUCUAAGCCAGAGACAUCCAGAAACACCAGCGAGAUUUCAGCGUUUUCCUCUCGUGUUGAGCAGUCAGAAAUUUUCCUCCGGGCAACAUUAUUGGGAAGUGGAUGUCGGGGAAUCGAGUAGCUGGAGGGUCGGAAUGUGUUACCCCAGUAUGGAGAGGAAGAGGACGGAUCAGUCACGGAUCGGAAGUAAUAAUAAGUCCUGGGGAUUUUUCAGGAAUGAAAAUGGCUACGCCGUGAUACAUAACUGUAAAGUGAUACCUUUACCUGACAACGCCUCCGGCGAUAGAGUCAGGAUCUUUCUGGAUUACGAAGGUGGACAGAUUUCCUUCUAUUCUGUGUGUGGUACAAUGAGACACCUCCACACCUUCAGUGCCGCCUUUACCGAGCCCCUCUAUGCUGUGUUGGGAGUGUGGGAGGGUUAUGUUAGGAUUUGUGGCGGGAAGCAGUAAAUGGGCUACAUUCAAACUCCCAAUGGCCGCAUCUUUGGUGAGGUUUCCAAAGAAACGCACUUUCCAUGUGAAUGACUGGUAGUACAUGCAAAACGCCUCAAAAAUGUGCUGUAUAAGACCAUUUAGGUCCGCCUGUCAGUUUUUUAGGCGGACCUGAAUGGACCCUCCGUGCACCUCUAUGGAGCCACGGAUGUCAGCGGUGAUAUGACAGAGGAAAACCCUACUUUUCCAUCUGUCUGGUGGAUCGGAUUGGAUGACAACGGACUCUACGGACUGUCGUCAUCCGAUCUCCCAUAGAGGAGAGUGGCGC